CAUGGUGCUGGGAGUUUGACGGGAUUGGGUUUAUUAUACCCAGAAAAGGCUAUCAUCUAAACCGGAGGUUUAAUGUGGAGUUAGCGAAACUCUUGUCCACACUCAAUAAACUAAUUCCUAACUCACAUUAAUCUGCCGCUCAUUCAACACCCGCCUGCAAAAUGAAGAAGAAGAAAAGGCAUUAAUAGGCUGCAAUCCAAAUCGCUGACUCUCACAUCGGACAGGAAUCAAGCUCCUCACCAAACACUUUCUCCGCUGGUUUUCUGCUCUUCUUCCACCUGGCCAGCUUCAUCGAUGAAGAAGUUGUGGCCAACCCGCGUGCCCGCUUCGUCCGUUAACUGAACAUCCUCUCCAAGGAUUUCAUGGAAGUGCGGCGAGACCGCUUCGGGCUUUUCGUUAUCCAUAGGAACAGAUUGAUACGAUAUUGCCAUCCUGAUGGGUAGUUUUACGUGCACCAUCAAGGUCAAGAAGAGAAAUGAGAUAUGCAGCUGCGAAAGGCCCAGGGAUAUAUAUAAAGUUGCAAUGCGGAAGAGCAAUCUCGUAUUCGUCCCACAUUUUACCCUCAGAUUUCCCUCACGUUCGGUAGGUAGGGCAAGGAGCAGCGAUCAGCGAUCCAGACACUGCCCCUCUGCAAGCAGCCAGCAACUUCCCGUGCCCAGCAAUGGUUGGGAGCCACACCACAUCCGAAAAGCGAUGGCCUUCUUGCAAGGGAAGGGAUGACACGACGCAUUUGUAUACGAGAACACGCUGCAGGGAUAUUUGAUCAUAUCCCGCUGCUAUUGGCGGAGCUAGUGAUACAAUUCUCCAGCCUCGGGGCACUAAAAGGUUGAAGACAUGCAGCAGUACAGAGUACAGUACAACCCAAACGGAGGGACAAUGCCCGGGCCACAGCCAAUGAUGACCCAGUGCGGGGAGGGAUCAAUUAACGUUGCUCGAGCCGCUCCUCAACACCUAAGUUAGGCGUUACCGAAACUAAGGACACCUCCAGCCAUGAUUUCCAUGAUUCCCAAAUACGACACCGUAUAAUCAUGAUUGAACGUUAGUCUCCCGAUGAGCCGCAACGGCAUGCCUCCUGCGUAAAUCAAAGACGUCUUCAGGACGACCAGGCGGGUCAGGGUCAACACAGCCACGUGAGGUUGGACUUUUGCCUGCUGUGGCUCUUCCCGAGUUAAAGUCGACCGAAACGGAGCUGAAAUAGUUAGCCAAUUACUAUCUUCGGUAUCCCAAGCCCCACAGGCUCUGUUAGUAUCCCUGUCUGUGCUACAGCCACGGACCGAACCAGAAUAUUUCUAUCCCAAUCUGCCCCUUUUUUUGUCGUUUGCGCCUCAAUCAGCAACUAAUGCUCAAAUCAUCCAGCCCUCAGUUUCUUCGAACCCACACAAGCCGCCCAGUGAGCCACAUGCGCAGAACCAGAGUCCCAUGGCGGGGAUAACAAGUGCGCAUCUCAUUAGCGAAUAACCCUAAAACCAUCUAUGACAUUCCAGUCCCUUUACAUGUAACUACAGCGCGGAGCUAAAAUUGCUCGCAGAUCACCUAACCCUUAACAAAAAUCCAACUUAUAACGAGCAAGUGGUGCUCAAAACGGCCGAAUAUCCAAUAGUUUGGGAAUUCAACGUGGCGAAAGGCUUCAGGAUUCACUCGACUGCAUGAGAUGGCUACGGCCACAGUCACUUCCUCGCUAUCUAUGCGCUUGGGAAAUGUUUGGCAGGCCCUUGCGCUUCGAAGCGACGUGGAGGAUAUCAUCAGAGAAUUACUAGGCCAUUUCUCUCUGGAGAAAAUAUAUUCAGAUGGUAAUAAAGAAUCCUAUCAGGCCCUCGUGACAACAUUGCUCUCCCAACUGAACGCUAUUUUCUACAUCCAACGUCUAUCACUACCCGCUGAGAAAAUGCACACGGGGCCAUACCUUGGGUUUUUGGCGAGUUGGGAGACAAGCUUGCGAUGUGUGGAAUUUGUCAUACAAAUUGUUGAAGAGGGCCGAGACAGUCUAUGGGAAGUUCGCCGACUUAGGGAUCAUUACCUUGCAGAGUUCCUUCUGUUAUCCCUCCGAUUUCUCUCGCUACAUCCGAAGGCACCAACGGGCCAUCGAGCCGAAGAUCGUCGAGAACGGUUUUCGCGCAUACAUAGGUCACUGGAGCGUGUUUAUGAUAGCUAUCCGGGUCCAAAAUCUUUUCUUUUGCAGGUCUGCAAGGAAGUAACAGGUUCAUUGCGAAGAGAUCCUGAUUCUCUCGCUCUUCCUUCAAGAUUGAGAUAUGAACUGCCGAAUCUGGGAUCAGAAUUGUAUCCACUCGCACACUGUCUGCUAUCGGAGUCGGUUUCUACUAUCGUGCCAAAGGACGGAUCUGAUGGCUGGCUGUGUCAACUUAUGGCCUUGAGGGAUGUCACGCUGUUCGUAGUUGGGGCGAAUAUUCAAUAUGCAGUGAAUACAGGAACGCGAAGUCCACAACUCCAGGCAUUAUCAUCGGAAACUCGGAACACAGUCUUGACUGCUUUGGACAGUGUCAGGUUACCGCAUCACUUAUCGAAACCAGACUUGAUUGCGUCGUUCAGCGACCACUUUCGAAUUGUUCUUCCGAAUACCCCCAACGUUACAACUCAGGAUUCGUCUGAACCUGACGGCGAUGUAAAUGUGGCUGAUGCGCUGGAUGCUCUCUGCCAAAACCUUAGUUGUCGUCGGCUGAUUAGCCGUGUGAGUGAUAGGGAAGUGGUUCACAGCAUAACUGAAAUAACCCGGAGCAUUGCACUGUUCGUCGAUCCUAGUGGCCAGUUCAGAGCAUCCCGCCCCAGUCUGUAUGUUCUAAAUUGUCGAGGGUGUCACUUAGCGGGAUAUUCCCAGCUGAGAUAUUUGGAGAAUAUUGAUAUUCCACUUGAUUCUGGAGAAGCUGCAGAAGUUACUAUUCCCCCGGGGACAAACUGUCGACAAUGCGGAGAUGUUGUGACAAUGGCCCGAGAAAUCCAGCUCGUGCGGCGAACUUGGAACCUUCUUUCCCAUCUCGAAUCAAAUGCGGACACAAUCGGUGUAGAGAGACAUCUACCGACACAGUUUCUAUUACCCCCUCCGAAAGCUGAAGCUGGCAACUCAUUCACAUCGUACAAUAACUUAACCAGCCCAGUGAGCCCGAGAUCACAAGAAAUCGACUCACCUCAUUUCACUCGGCCGAUGUUCGCGCCCUCAGAGCGAUCCAGUGCGGCUCCUCUUACUCCAUCAUCCCCAUUUACCCCAGUAAUACGGCCCAAAUUUCAUACCCCUCGAACGGAAUUUUCACCCAUGGAUAGCUUAACUGCAAUCAACGAAACAGAAGACAACACAUUAAGGCCGGGUAGCAUCAGUGAAUCGCAUGCCCGCGGUUCUCACGAUUACUCUGCUCAGGGAGCAAGUCUACCCGGAAUUGAGAAGUCUAUGACCACAGCAACUUUUGAAUCUAUCCCAUUUGUGCGGUCGCGGACCUUACAAUCCGCUGGGUCUCCUGACAAAGGAAAAUCAGGCUGGCUGAAGAUCACCGGCACAAGAAAGGAGUCCAUAUCAGUGUCUGGGGACACUAGUUCUCUUUCAUCAUCUCUUUUGGAAUCCCAGAGGCUUGAUGAAAUACCCCUGAAAAGCUUAGUCAACGCGAUGAAGAGCACGAAAGGAAGAUUUACAAAGAAUAUCAAUGUUUAUCUUUCGCAAAAUUCUACUUUUGCCCUCUUUUGGACUCAAACCACGAUACAUGUGUGGGAUGUGGGGACCUCUCCGCCAACCAUGAAACGCGCAUUUUCGACCGACAGUACAUGUCUUCUUGCAGCAGUUACCAAGAUGUAUUUGGCGUACGUUAUUGGUACGCGCGAUAAUAAAUUAACGCUCCGGAUAAUAAACCUUAUUGAUGCGUCGACCCCUGUUGUUGAGCACCGCAUGCCUUCGGCACUCUGGUGCAAAUGCAUAACAGUUUGCCCAAUGGAGAACUACGUCGUGGUUGGAUUUGAGAACUCGAUUGUCCGAUUCUUUAAGACCACAGAUUCGGAACCCCCGCGAGAAGAACGGCUCCACGGUCUUUUCCACAGGACUUGUACUAAUUGCACAUUAGAUACACUUUCGUUCUCGAGAGACGGACUUGUACUUCUUGCCAGCACCCGGAACCCAAAGGGGGUAAUCCAGGUAUUCCAAUGGAAAUUUCCUUUUGUGGCGUUCCACGAGCUGCCAGCUUGUAGAUACUACGUCCCAUUGCACGAGUCGGAAGACAAUGGAGUGUCAGCAGCAGUAUUCCGAGCCUCACGCCGGGGCGAUGAACUCGUGUGCAUCACGACGUGGACACAAUCAGGGGUACCUAUCCUCGCGCAUCCCCAAGAAGGCAAUAAAACGGAAAUAAAGGCCGACCAUGCCGGCCGGCAUGGGAAACUCGGUAAUAGGAUCCAAUGCGCUGCUUUCUCUCCCUCUGGUUCUGAGCUCGCGAUGGUAAAUGACCGGGGUUAUCUGUACCAAAUAUCCAAUCUGGACUCGAGUCCUAUGGAUAUUAAAAGACUGGCUACAUCCAGGGAACUCACGACGAAAUCAGAUUCCUUUGCAAUGGCAUACAUGGCAACGACGGAUGAGGAUGCCAUCAUCAUGGCCUGGGUUGACGCGACAUCAGGAGCAGCAUUUGUCAAAAGGGUGCCAGUAGCAGCCCAGGGAGAUAUUAUGGCGUCUGCACCACCUAUGCCACAGAAGCCCGCGUCUCCGAAGUACGAGUUACCGGAAAGUAGCAGGGAUCCACCGCGUGUGCAUGAACUACCACGGCAGGCGGAGCCCCUGGCUCCGAAGAAAAACGUAAAGCCAGCGGUGGAACUCCCUACAGAUCCACCGAGAUUUUUAAGUCGAUUUCGAGGGAUAACCAGAUAAAUGCCCAAAAUACACCGAAACAUCGUCUCUUCGAUAAAUCGGCUAGAAGUCUUGACUGUGUUUGGUAACAACGUAAGUCUAUCGGAGAUUCUCAUACCGGCGCCAAACUACUAAUCAUCGAUCCAAAGGCCUUGAGAUUCUGGGACGCAAGGCGACCCUGUCAGAUAAUUCCCAGAUAGCACGUGUCCAACGGAAGAUUGAAUUGCAACACCAUCCAAAUUUAGGGACUCAGCUUUGUUCUAUGAUUUCACGUAUAUGCUCCGUUUGGCCCACUUUUUCCAUCGGCUUUCACGAUUUUCGCACUCAUUUAUUAUUACUUUAGACACGACCAUUGUCUCACUUCUUCCGGGACUGGCAGACUAAACUCCAGUUUGGAAACUAGCAGUUUCACGAGGACUCCGACCUUACGAAUUUGUUCUUAUACCCCAUGGUUUAUAUUGGAUUUUUAUGGAGCGAUUCGGAAGUACGGUAGCUAUAUGUUUCUAUAUAUAGGAAAAUAAAAUUCCCAUACCGAAAUACCGUCUAUUUUAGAUUAUAUAUGUACAGCCCAAAUUAGUGCCCGAACCGACCUCAGGAUCUUAGCCGAAACCACACCCAAUCCCGACAAGUGACUAAACCCAACUAGGUUUCCCCACUAACAUCCAGCCCGGAAUGCCGAGGUUCAUCUUGAAAUACCCAAUACAAGAAGAGGUGGUGCGGGGAAACCGAAGCGCUUAUUUCUAUUAGAUACAAAUAUAACAUACUUGACA